AUGCCCGCUCCCCCCUUUUUCCUUCAGAAUGAGGUUUAUUAUCCCAAACUGGAUCCAGUGCUGGUUCAGAAGCUAACCCAGAACCGGCCCUUCCUGUCUCGGCCCACGAGCAGGAUUGUCCGAUACGACAAUAUAGAUCUGGAACUGCAGACCCCUACAGACCUCCGCUACGAGCCCCCCACCCCCCUCCGCUGCGACGAGUUCUUUAGCGAGGGCGAUGCUAGCGUAGAGUCCCCUAGCAAGACCACGCUUACCAGACCUAGCGACCUGUCGCUCGCCCAGACCACCAGCACGUCCAGCAGCGACCCCUCCACAGUGGUCCCCGCCCCCGGCGCCAAAGCCGCGGCGCCCCCCAUCGUCAGGGGUGAGGACACUGCGUUGACCGGCAGAGAAAGAGGGCCCGACAACGACAGGAGAGCGGUAGAGCAGGCAGGAAAGAGGACAGAGGCGUCGGGGAGCCUGGAGGGAAAACCGAAAGAGGGCGUCUCGUCCGCUGGCCUGGGAAACGGAAGAGAAGCAGAAGAGGAAGAAGAAGAAGAAGAAGAAGAGAUGACCUCAGAGAGGCUGCAGAGUCUGCUGGAGGCCAUAAAGCUGGAGGGAGGCGUGGAGGAGGAGGAGAUGACAGAGGAGAGGGUCAAUGCGAUCCUCCAACAAGUCCGGCAAGCAGAAAAAGAACUGUCUUCAGUUCCAGGGUGGAGAAGCGAGCCGCCGGACGCCACGGCCGAGGCAGCAGCUGGACACAGUCCCGGCGCGGAGGAGGGCAGCCCGGACAGUUUAGCCGACUCGCUGGAGCAGCCACCGGUCCAGAACGGCGGUCACACGGAGGCAGAGAAGGAGGCCAAGAAGAGAGGAGCCCAGGGGGGCAGCAGCACAGCGGGGGCCAGCAAAGCACGGGAAGAGGGGACGGACAAGUCCCAGCACAAAGUCCAGAGGCCGCCGGGCCGCCCCCCCCAGCAGAGCGCCUGGGCCGAGGAGUCCGGCUCUGACCAGGAGCCCACCGUCACCACCCGGGUGUUCCGCAGACGGGUCAUACUGAAGGGGGAGGAGGCCAGAAACAUUCCUGGGGAGUCUGUGACGGAGGAGCAGUUUACAGAUGAGGACGGGAAUCUGGUCACGAGAAAAGUAACCUAUCCUAACCCUCCUCCAUUCCUUUUUCUCUCAGCUCACAAACACUUCCGCGGCUCCUCAUCCUCUUCCAUUGUUUUCAUUCUCUCCUCAAAAAAAAACACCUCCGCUCCUCCGCCCCUCCAUCAGGUGAUCAGGAAAGUGGUGCGCCGGGUUUACACCUCGGCAGAAAGGAAGGGGUGUGAGGGGGAAGCGGUAGUGGAGGAGGCAGCCGGGGGGGCUGACGUAGAUCCUCCGGCCGGAGCCAAAGGAGGGAAGAGCAAGAAGAGAGGGAAGCGCUCCAGACACGGCCACAAGGAGGAGGCCAGAGGGAGGACUGAGGUCUGA